AGAGCGAGCCGAGUCCGGACCUGGGAAGACUUCUCCGCCGGGCUUCGGCCGCCGCGGCUCUGCGCGUCCUCGCCUGCGCCCUGCCCCGCCUGCCCCAGCCCGGGGUUCUGUGCCGGGACGCUCCCAGCCCCGCGAUCCGGGGCGUCGCGGCUGGGACGCCCUGAGCUCCCGACCCGAUCUAGUGCCCUGGGGCGGGAAGCUCCUGGCCCACCGUACUGGUCUAUGGUUGCGGGCUUGUACCCUGCCUUUCUGUAGUGUGUGUCGGAGCCCCCGGACCCGGGUUAAGGCGGGUGCCCACAGCCUCCCGACCGAGUGCAACGGAGCCCAGAAGCCCCCAGACUCUGGCUCCCGAGACCCAAACCUUCAGCUGCCUUCCGCCCGGUGCUUCGGACUUGGGACCGUGCGAACGCCCAGGAAACCCCGGCCCGGGUCCAAGCACCCCGUGAGGGGUCCCAAGCCUGCUGGGCAGUUGGACUGAGCCGGACCGAGCUGGUGCUGCGAGCCGAAGCUGUCACCUUUCUGCCGCCCCAGGCGAGGGCUCAGCGUUUGCCCCGAAGAAGGGAUCACAGGCCACCCUACCACCACCACCACCCUUGCCCGGCGGCCGGCGAGAGCCGAGAGCCGAGAGCUGCAGGACUGGAUUGGGAAGAGGAAUUGUGAUCCUGUCACAAACAGAGUAGGUGCAGGCACCUGUUUGUUGAGUUGGAACAAAACCAGAUCCCAUUGGGGCUCAGAUUCCCCUUCUGUGAAGUGGACAGAAGCUGCUUGGGGCAGGAUCACGAGGCCACAGCACCAGAUUCCUGGACUUUUGAACACUGUCCCAAGGAAGUGACAACACCACCUCCGUGGACGGGACAUCCUAAAGAGCCCUGCUCACAGCCGCUGCUACCUUCUUCCAGGACCGGCCAGGGGCCUCAUGGGUGCCUGAGGGCCGGGCGCCAGGGCCGCACGCAAGAGCAUGGUGAGACACCAGCCCCUGCAGUACUAUGAGCCACAGCUGUGCCUCUCCUGCCUCACGGGCAUCUACGGCUGCCGCUGGAAGCGCUACCAGAGAUCCCACGAUGACACCACGCCGUGGGAACGCCUCUGGUUCCUGCUCCUCACCUUCACCUUUGGCCUCACACUCACCUGGCUCUACUUCUGGUGGGAAGUCCACAAUGACUACGAUGAAUUCAACUGGUACCUCUACAACCGCAUGGGCUACUGGAGUGACUGGUCUGUGCCCAUCCUCAUGACCACAGCUGCUGCCUUCACCUACAUCGCAGGCCUCCUGGUCCUGGCACUAUGUCACAUCGCCGUGGGGCAGCAGAUGAACCUACACUGGCUGCACAAGAUGGGGCUGGUGGUCAUCCUGGUGUCCACGGUGGUGGCCAUGUCGGCCGUGGCCCAGCUGUGGGAGGACGAGUGGGAGGUGCUGCUGAUCUCCCUGCAGGGCACAGCGCCAUUCCUGCAUGUGGGGGCCCUGGCCGCCAUCACCGCGCUCUCCUGGAUUGUGGCAGGACAGUUCGCCCGUGCAGAGCGGUCCUCCUCCCAGGUGGCCAUUCUCUGUAUCUUCUUUGCCAUGGUAUUUGCCUUCUACCUGGCCCCUCUCACCAUCUCAUCUCCCUGCAUCAUGGAGAAAAAGGACCUGGGCCCCAAGCCUGCCCUCAUUGGCCACCGUGGGGCUCCUAUGCUGGCCCCAGAGCACACACGGAUGUCCUUCCGGAAGGCCCUGGAGCAGAAGCUGUAUGGGCUACAGGCUGAUGUCACCAUCAGCCUGGAUGGCGUGCCCUUUCUCAUGCAUGACACCACCCUGCGGCGCACCACCAACGUGGAGGAGGAGUUUCCGGAGCUCGCCCGCAGGCCCGCCUCCAUGCUGAACUGGACCAUCCUGCAGAGGCUCAAUGCCGGCCAGUGGUUCCUGAAGACGGAUCCCUUCUGGACGGCCAGCUCUCUGUCACCCUCCGACCACAGGGAGGCCCAGAACCAGUCCAUCUGCAGCUUAGCAGAGCUCCUGGAGCUGGCCAAGGGCAAUGCCACGCUGCUGCUCAACCUGCGUGACCCACCACGGGAGCACCCCUACCGUGGCAGCUUCCUCAAUGUCACGCUGGAGGCCUUGCUGCGCUCUGGGUUCCCCCAGCACCAGGUCAUGUGGCUGCCUAACAGGCAGAGGCCCUUCGUGCGGAAGGUGGCUCCUGGCUUCCAGCAGACAUCAGGUUCCAAGGAGGCGGCCGCCAGCCUGCGGAGAGGCCACAUCCAGAGGCUGAACCUGCGCUACACUCAGGUGUCCCGCCAGGAGCUCAGGGACUAUGCGUCCUGGAACUUGAGUGUGAACCUCUACACGGUCAAUGCACCGUGGCUCUUCUCUUUGCUGUGGUGUGCAGGAGUCCCAUCUGUCACCUCCGACAACUCCCAUACCCUGUCCCAGGUGCCUUCCCCUCUCUGGAUCAUGCCCCCGGACGAGUACUGUCUCAUGUGGGUCACUGCAGACCUGGUCUCCUUCAGCCUCAUCAUUGGCAUCUUCGUGCUCCAGAAGUGGCGCCUGGGUGGCAUACGGAGCUACAACCCCGAGCAGAUCAUGCUGAGCGCUGCGGUGCGCCGGACCAGCCGGGAUGUCAGCAUCAUGAAGGAGAAGCUCAUCUUCUCAGAGAUCAGCGAUGGCAUGGAGGUUUCCGAUGAGCUCUCUGUAUGUUCAGACAACAGCUAUGACACGUAUGCCAACAGCGCUCCCACCCCUAAGGACAACCGAGGGAGUGGCAGCCGCACCAAGACUCUCACAGACCGGAGUGGGCGUUAGCCAAAGACCUGUUUGUCCCAGCCUGUACCUGUACGUGGAGACCAGGGGACCCAAGAGAGCGGGCAGAAGCAUGUCUGGACCUGGAGUGCUCUGGGAGCUGGCUCCGCGGCCUCCUCGUUGGCUCCGGCCCCCGUCAGCCAUGGCCCCCCUUGAAGGGGACUCCCCUCUCUCCUGAGGCCCAGCCAGGUCAGAACUCCAGCCUCGCAGAGGCCCCUGCUGGCCUGGGGCCCCUUCUGGGAAGUCUGGGGCCCAGGGCCUGGUCCUCCCCCGGAGGCCUUCCCUUGCAUCCUGAUCUGGAAGCUCUGAUGGCUCGCUGCUGGGCCGUGUGGCAGUUGAGGAUGUGGAUGUCCACGUGUGUCCAUCCUCCCUUCUAUGCUGAGGUAGCCGACUUCUUCGGUGUCUCCUGCCUUGAGGGCCUGGGCUGGGCCUCUGCCCCCAGCAGCUGUUCUUCACAUCAGUCUCAAAGCACAAGGAGGUUCAGCCCAAGAAGAAAGCCUGCUGUGGUGGAGACACUCCUCCCUGACCAGCCUCCUACCACCACUGGCCCUGCCUCAGGAGAGGGACUGAGCCACGUCCCCAGGAACAGCUGGAGAUGGCCAGGAGAAUAGGCCUAAGGCUGCUUUAUCCCUCGCCCUCGUGUCCAACAGACUUCUAGGGCAGAGUGGCACAGAGGCCCAAGAGAUCUGCAGACUGAUACAACCUCAGGUUUCCACAUCAGUGGCCACAGGGCAUUGGCCACCUAGGAAGAAUGUCCUAGGCAUGGCCAAGGAGGCCUACAGCAGAGCAAGCCUGACGGCCUUGGCCAAUAUGAUUAAAGCUGCCAUCCUGACA